CACUAGUGAAUCAAACAAUUAUCAGCAACGCAACUAAACAGAAGCUUUUAUACAUGGCUGUACGCAGAGUGGCAAUUUCGUCAUUGAACGCGCAGUUACAGCAAGUCGGCCAAAUUGCAAAUAGUGGACUGUGAAAAUUUGUUACAGAGAGAGAAGCAGAAUGGGGAGAGGACGUACCAAGAAGACUGUUACGCUCGAAGAUUACGAGCAUUUCCUUGAGAAUCCUUACGACGAAGCAUUCAGCCUGGAUCAGCUUAAUGAGGUGAUUUUAAUUCAUGGAUUCAGUAAAAUACACAAGCGACCAAAGCGCGAGCUAUAUGAUGCAUUGAGCACCAUAGAUCUUAUAAAGCCACAGCGCUCCACACUCAAAGACGAGUUCUCACUGUACGAUUCCUCGGUCUCGCUCGAUCAAGUGAAGAAAGACUUGGAAGCGCUCAACUGGCAGGAGUGUGCUGUUCGAUCAAUAGAAACUAUCGGCCAGUCGCAGUCAGACGGUGGCGGUGAUGCGGUUUCAAAAGAUUUGCCAGUGUCAUCGUUCACAAUCACCCGCAAACGACAGAGAUCGAAGCGGAAGAGGUCCAAGAAGAUGAGAAGCAUUAUGGAUGAUGGUGACGCUGCUCGCUCUAACAUUGCCAUUGCUGCUGACGUGGAUGGCGCUUAUGAUGUGGGGGCAGGUGCAGGAAUAGCGCAGUAUGAUUCCUCUAUAUUUGUGGAUACGUACAGCUGGGAGUUCUGAUCAAUUUUCUUACUUCUUUGAUGGUAUUUCGUAUGGUUAGGUUUUUUAUUGGCUAUGGAGGUUUUUGGUGUAUGAACUGCAAUUUUUGUUGCCAUCAACACUGAUUGUACUAUGCAUCCUGCAUUAUUAGAGCAUCGUAUCAGUCCCGCCCCACCGGAGACUGGAGUGUAGACUUUCUGCCCUGAAUUGCUUUUUAAUAUAAUCUGUGUCCCUGCAAGAAUGCAAGAUUUUGGCCCAAACAAAUCACCUGUUUGACUAGGGUUUUCUGUUCAUCUCGAAAAUUAUUGGUUACACUGUAGCCUUCUAAUUAGAACGUGAAUCGUCGACCAGACAACUACCCAUUAUGGUUAAUUGGCUGUAGACCUUACUCCCAUGUGCGAA